AUGUGUUGCUCUAGGGUGCACUCGAUCCACGAUUGGUUUCCAAGACAUCGCGAGAGUGACUUCGUUCGCUUUUUUCUUCUUCCUGACAGCCGAUUGGUGCAGCGAGCUUGUGUGGCGUCAACCCGGGACAAAGAUGGCGGCGUGCAGUUUUUUCCCGUUUCCAGCGGCACCCGGUCGGCGUUAGUAGAAAGCUGCUCAUCGGGGAGACGGUAAAUCCGGUCUGAGGCAUGUCUGUUUUCCACGACGAAGUGGAGAUCGAGGACUUCGAGUUCGAUGAGGAGACGGAGACCUACAGCUACCCGUGUCCCUGCGGGGACCGGUUCCUCAUCACGCGGGAGGAUCUGGAGAAUGGUGAAGAUGUAGCCACCUGUCCAAGCUGCUCACUCAUAGUAAAAGUCAUCUACGAUAAGGAACAGUUUAUGUGUGGCGAAGAAGUCUCUGCACCACCAGCAAACAAAGAACUGGUUAAAUGCUGAUGAUCGCUUGAUGAACUUUGCUGUUCCUGGAAAAUUUGGGCAGAAAGAUGCAAGCACGCCUGUUCUGAAGAGACUCUGCAUAUAGCAAAUUGCUCUUUCUCAUCAGCUUCAUCAGUAGUUUGAGAAAAAGAACUGAUGUGUCAAAAAAAAUCAUGUAUUUGUGUGCAUAAGUUCUUAAUAUAUUUAAAUACAUGGAAUAUUCUUCCACAUGUGAGAUUGAAAAGGGUGACAGUCCACAAUACAUGAAAGUGUUAAAAGUGCUUGUUGCACUUCUCGGACAAUGGAUUCUUCUAUGUAGUGUGCAGAACGAGCUGCUAGAUCCUAUAAUAUGAGCAAGAAGACUAUGCUGUGUUUUUUUAAA